AUGGCCAAGGAAGAGAGAGAGAGAGAAAGAGUCCCUGAGAUGGCCAAGGGAGAGAGGGAGCGAGAGAGGGAGAGAGAGAAAGAGUCCCUGAGAUGGCCAAGGGAAAGAGGGAGAGAGAGAGAGAGGGAGAGAGAGAGAGAGAGAGAGAGAGAGAGAGAGAGAGAGAGAGACAGAGAGAAAGAGAGAGAGAGAGAGAGAGAGGGAGAGAGAGAGGGAGAGAGAGAGGGAGAGAGAGAGAGAGAGAUUAGGAGAGAGAGGGAGGGAGAGAGAGAGAGAGACAGAGAGGACAAGGAGAAUGAGAGAGAGAGAGACAAGGAGAAUGAGAGAGAAAGAGAGAGGGAUACAGCAUCUAAAUUCUGGAGCUGA